AUGACACGCAAGAGCAGGACGUGGCAAGGCAAGGUAAAGUUGUGUAUGAUAGGGUAGGGUAGGAUAGACGAGGUUAGGUAGGGUACGGUAGAGAACGGUGGUGCACGAUAGGGUACAGUAGGGUAAGAUAGGGUAAGAUAGGGUAGGUUAGGGUAGGGUAGGGUAGGGUAGGGUAGGUUAGGGUAGGGUAGGGUAGGGUCGGGUCGGUUAGGGUAGGGUAGGGUCGGGUCGGGUCGGUUAGGGUAGGGUAAGGUAGGGUAGGGUAGGGUAGGGUAGGGUAGGGUAGGGUAGGGUAGGGUAGGGUAGGGUAGGGUAGGGUAGGGUAAGGUAGGGUAGGAAGCCUAAAGUUUUUUGCUGGACCUAAAAUUUUUGGUUGCCGAGCUUAGUAUAUUACAAUUUUAAGCUUAAAUUUGUGUGUUUCGUAUGAACAUGCGUAAUAAGUCUAAGACUUUGAGUUGUUACGCCUAAACUUAUUGGAUGAGCCUAAGACUUGUUGUAAAUUAAAAAAUGGCAAGAACUUUUUUUACAAAACAAAAAGGGCAAAAACUUUCAGUAAAAAACAAAAUAUGGCAAGAACUUUGUUUACACAUUAAAAAAUCGCGAAUACUUUCUUUACAACUAAAAUCAAACUAAUAACAGCACUAUUUUCAGCCCGAACUCCACUUCCAGGACCUAAAGACCUUGAUACUGGAAUGUACGGAAAAGUUCAAAGCCGAGCCGACCCUACUCAAAGUCAACUAUCCAGUCAUGAUUGUGGGUGAGAUUCAUGGUCAAUACAAAGAUCUGGAACGUAUUCUAGCUCUGCCUACGGCCAAGGACGCUGACGUGGCGCAAAAUGUGAAGAGAAUAUUAUUUCUGGGUAACUAUGUGGAUCGAGGAUCAGCUUCUAUACCGUGUUUGAUCACUUUGAUGCGACUGAAGGUUAAACAUCCUAAACGUGUGGGUUUUUUAGUUUUGUGCUUUGUAAGGAAAGUUAUUGCUAUUUUUUGUUUUGUGAAGGAAAUUUGUGUCAUUUUUUGUUUUGUAAAGAAAGUUCUUGUCAUCUCAUGUUUUGUAAAGAAAUUUAUUUUUAUUGCACUGUGCAAUAUUUUAUUUUUUUGCACGGUGCAGCAAAUUUUGCUUUUUACACUGUGCGAAUUGUGAAUUUUUUAGGUAAGAAAUGUUCUUCUAUAUUUUAGACUAGACUAAUAAAAAGUUCUUGAAACACGUUUUACAUGUAGGGCAUGAAAAAGAAUGGUACAAUGAAAUUUUUAAAAAUGACUGCACCGUGCAAUUCAAAAGUUGCUUUGCACUGUGCAGGUGAAUUGUAAUUUUUUGCCGUUUUUACUUUGUAAAGAAAGUUUUUGUUAUUUUAUGUUUUGUAAAUAAGGUUUUUGCUAUUUUCUGCCUUGUAAAGAAAGUUCUUUCAAUAUAAGGCUAAAAAUUUUUUUUUCAGUACGGCCUACUCGGUGGUAAGCACGAAGCAGAAGCCAUGAACGGUGGGCGCUACGGCUUCAAAGCGGAACUAGCCGAACGAUACAAGAGGAUCGGAGAACAAAAUGCAUUGUUUCGACUGAUAAAUGACAUGUUCGCUUACUUACCAUUGGCCGCGUUGGUUGGGAAGCGGAUUCUGUGUAUGCACGGUGGCAUCUCACCUCAUUUGACUUCGCUUGAGGCUAUUGAUCAGGUAAUUGGUAUUUUAAAGUUAUGGAAAGAAUGUUUUUGCAAUUUUUCUUUUUGUAGUGGAAGUUCUUCUUGUUUUUUGCCUUGUAAACAAAGUUUUUGUUUUUUUAGAUAAAACGACCGAUUUCCAACAUCUUCUCGUUUCCAUUGGCGGGCGAUCUCCUUUGUUCGGACCCAAGAUAUAUCGAUACUGAUUUCCGGCCAAAUACUAUCCAACGUGCCAGUUUCUGUUUCAGUGAGAAGGCUGUUCAGGAUACGUGCAAAAGACUGAACUUGGACUUUAUUAUACUAGCUCAUCAGGUAUGGUAGUUUACAGUAGGUAGGGGGAGGUAGUGUAGGGUACGGUAAGAAAGUGUAUGUUUUGAUAAGAUGAUUACAGUGUUCUCGUGCCCACGUUGUGCUCUGGUAAGCUUUUUUUAUUUGCACGGUGCAGUCAUUUUGUAAAAAUUUAUUGUGUCAUUCUUUCUUAUGCUACCGAAGUAAAAACUGUUUGAGUAGCCUUUUAUGACAGCAGCGGCAAAAUUUAUGACAACAUUUGUUAUCUAAAAUACACUAUCAAUCGCACAGUCCAAAAAAAAGGUGGAAUCCUGCACGGUGCAAUUGGGAUUUUACCUUUUUUGGUUUUUAAUAUGGCUAAAAUACGGUUUUUAAUAUAAACAUGGAAAACUUUUUUUUUACAAAUAAAAAAAUGGCAAAAACUUUGUUUACGAAACUAAAAACUAACCAUUUUCAGGACAGUAAGGCAGCAGUGAUGGUGAUAACCAAGAAGAAAGAGAUGGGAUUCGCAUUCCUCGGCCCAAAUAAAAGCGACAAGCUCAGUACUGAUAAGGAAUUUAAAGAAAAGUUUGGUUAUCUGGACAAACUUCAGCAAGCCGAAGACAUUGGAAGACCUCCGAAUCCGGAUCGGUCCGAAGACACGAAGGGCAAUGAUUCCAAUUCAGCCUCGUUAAACGACUCCUUUAAGCCUAAAGAGGUGAAGAAGGUAGUUUAUACUAUAGAAAAACUGUAUAAUUAA